AUGUCCAAGGGAACUCCACAUUUUAUAAUUCGAGUGUCGGACCACUACACAGGCCGUGUCACAUGGCGCGGGGGUAGUUACUACUACCCGAAGAUUAAGGCUAAAUUUGAAGAAUUCAACCUAUGGGACAGACCGGACGAGGUGCAUUUCUAUGUGGGAAGGAAGAGAUGUAGAUUUGGGAGGGUGGAGUUCGGCUUGGUCACCGGGUUAAACUUGUUGCCCGGCCCUACUGAGGAAGACAUCAAACAAAAUGGAAGCUCUGACCGGUUGAUUCAGGAAUAUUUCAACGGUAGUGCUUUGAUCAGCUUCGGCGAACUGCGCAAAGUUUUUGAGAGCUGCACAGAAGUUGAUGAUGUCUACAAGUUGGGGAUGGCCUUGUUUGUUAUGGGCGUCCUCACUGGUAAGGAGGAGAAGACUGCCGUUCCUCCUUUUGUGAUAAGAAUGGUUGAUAACCUUCCAUUCUUCUACGAGUACCCCUGGGGAAAUAUUUCUUACACCAAGCUGAUGGAAACUUGUAACAAGGAUUACUUGGAUGUGAAGAAUAAGAUGUUGAAAAAGAUUGAGAAGGGAGUAACUCAGAAGGAGUUGACAGUGUACUCCGUGUUAUGUCCUCGGCCGAACGAGAUUGAGUUUGUGAGUUACAUAACCGGGGGUCAGCCUCCGUUAUUUGUUGACUUGGAGGAACUUGCCGAAAAGCUUGCCUACACAUUGGAAGAACGAGCGGAGGCAGCCCGAAUAUUUAAAGACUCUACACCACCUCCACCGUCUCCUCCACGUGCACCGCCUGUAGCUCCAGAUGGGUCUGGUGUUGACCCAUCUGCAGCUUCAGUUCCUGAUGGGUCUGGUGUUGACCCACUUGCAGCGUCACAGGGUCCUCCUGUUCCCCCGUCAGCUUCUAUUCCCAGCACCUCGGAGGCUCGCGAUCCAGUAUACCCUGCCAUUUUGGCAAGGUUGGAGACUGUGGAGAGGGGGCAGGCCGCUCUGCUAAGAGGACAAACAGCGAUUAUGGAUCAGUUGAAGACCAUAAUGACGCUCCUGCAAGAUCCUGGAAGGCCGGCAGCAGAUUCACAGCCACAGCCACAGCCACAGCCACAGCCACAACCGGAAGAGGAGGCUCGGACACCGGAAGAUGACUUCAUUCUCCCAAAUGAUUACCAACCGGAUGAUGAUGACAUGUUCUGUACACCUGAGAAGACGAAUAUCACCAGCAUCGGGGAUACUCAGGAUUCUGAGGUGCAGGUGUUAGAGACAGCUCCAAAAGUCAUGGAGAACCGGAGGAAGAGAAGGCGGCCUAGGUGGUUUGCUGAGUACACUGAAAUGAAGAAGAAGGCUAGGGCUACUUCGACACUCGUGAAUGCGGACCCACUUAGAGUGGUUGAUCGGAAGCUGCUCAAGACUUUUCACAAUUGGGUACUCGGCCAGAUUGGGAACAAUUACCCGAGAGAGUGCUUCACCGGUCGAUACCAUUCGUCUUGGUUCCUCGAACUGCAUACUCCGAAGUUUUGGCUUGGGAACGAUCAUUUGGAUGCGGCAUUCCAUUUGAUGAGGAGGCGGCAACACUUUUAUCCCGAGGCCUACCCAAAUAGAUGUGUCAUAAUGCCGUGUAUUUUCCUAGCAGGAGUUAUUGCUCGGUGGGAAGCUGCGGGUGAUGAACAGGCUAACUAUCAGUGGGACGAGAGCAUAUUAGAUUUGAUUCGAGGGGAUGAAAGUCAAUUCUUGGCCAGUUGGAAGAACAAGGAGAGAAUCUAUAUGGCCCUCCACUUCGAUGGAGCAAAGCAUUGGGUGGCACUAGAGGUAGAUCUGGAUCAUUGGUUGUUGAACAUAUUUGACUCCAGCCUCGGAUCGAUUUCCCCGAACGAAUUGAACCGUCACCUGGCAAUGUGGGAAAAAUUACUUCCAAAUUUGCUGCUGUAG